ACAGCUCCAGAAGCAGAGAGAGCAUAUGAUGGAGGGAGACGAGCUGCUGGAGCCCCUGCGGAGCUUCACGGAGCGGAGCCUGGGGCUGUCGGAGCCGGCCUGGCGGCAGUUCCUGAUGGAGGAGGAGAACCAGCUGCUGCUUGGCAGCUUCUUCUCCACGGCGGACUGCUGCGACCUGUUCCUACACCGGGAGCCGCCGGAUGGGCUGUCCGCCGGCCUUCACUUCCCCACACAGGUCCGGACUAAAGUGGUCUGUGUCUCCAGGAAGAGCCGCCAAGUUAUCACCAAAGAAAACCUCCAAAAACUUUUACUGAUUCAAGAAGUUCAGGGAGAGGACGUCAUGAGCUUCCUCACCUCCGUUUCUGAGGUGACAUGCCCGUUGCUCAGCAACCCAGAGAGCAGCGUCAGCUGGGCGGGGGGCGUGGCCGACGAGGCGCUGAGCUUCAUGGAGCGCCAGAAGAACGAAGCGCUGGUGAUGUCAGCGCAGACGAAGGGGCAGAGCUUCCUGCCGCCGCCGGACGGUCUCCAUGGAGACAAAGGGAAGCUGUCAGACGUGAAGCUGCUCCACGCCUGUGAUUGGACGGUCAUAGAGUGGGCGGAGCUAGUGUCAGACUUCCUGCAGCGGGACUCGUCUGCGGCAGCGAUGGAUGGAUCGAAGCCCCUGCCCUCAGAGGAGUUCAACUUCUGGCAGAACCGGCUGAAGAACCUGCUUUUCAUCCAGCAGCAGUUGACGAGCCGCAGAGCUCUGCAAGUGGCGUCCAUCGUUGAGAAGACACAGAGCGUCUACUGGUCCACUCUGAGAGACAUUUACAGAGACGUCCAAGAAGGGCUGCAGGAGGCGGAGGACGUGACAGUGAACCUGAGUCCUGUCCAGCAGCAGCUGGAGGAACUGCAGCAGCAGGAAUACCAGCAGCUGGGGAGCAGGAUGGCUGCGGUGAUGGAGGAGGUUCGGCUGCUGUGGAUCAGGUCUGAGUUCUACUGUAAACCCUGCAGGGUGGUGGUCCUGCUGCAGGAGGUCUGCAACCUACUCAUACACCGGAGCAGGACGUUCCUGCGUGGACAGGAAGUGAUGCGUGGUCUGGUGACAGAGCCUGGUGCCGUGUUAGAUGAUGUCACACUGGUGAUCUGGACCCUGCAGAAACUCAAAGAGGCCUUCAGUCAGACCAGGACCCAGCUGGAGGCCCAGCAGCAGGACGGAGACACACACAGCUGCUGGGACUUCCCUUCACACCUGGUCUUCAUCCACCUGGACAAGUUCCUGCAGCGCCUUCAGAGCAUCCAGGAGGUGUUCAGGGUCGGUCUGCAGAUGUCCCAGUUGUCCCCGGCGGUCCUGUCCGGGGUGUCAGGGGGCAUGUGGACUGAUGUGGUUCAGCAGGUGUAUCAGGACUUCGUGUGUCACGUGACGGUUCUGUCUGACUGCCCCUGUGACCCCACCGACCCCGAUGAUCAGACCUUCCAGCUGCACCAUGACCAGUUCCAGGCUCAGGUGUCCGAUCUGGAUCGGAGGCUGGUGUCGGUCCUCAGCAGGGCGUUGGAGGCCUGCAGCGUGUCGUCCUCUGCAGCAAAGCUGGUGAAGAUGUUCAGGUUUGUCCUGGAGCGUCCUCUGAUCCUGGACCAGCUGCGUCCUCACCUGGUCCGGCUGGGGCAGAUGGUCCUGGAGGAGGUGGAUCAGACGGAGCUGCUGUUCCACAGUGAGAGAGAGAAGUCACACACACUCAGCAGGUUCACUCCCACCGCUGCAACCAGACUCUGCUGGACUCAGCAGCUCCGCCUCAGAGCUGAAGACACUCUCAACCACUACAGGACCAUCCAACACCUGGACCUGGACCCAGGUGAGUCCCAGCUGGUUCUGCAGAGGGUCCAGCAGAUCGUGGACCUCCUGCAGGACUUUAGAGACGGGCUGAGGUCAGACUGGAGCUCACAGCUGGACUCAGACUGUGGAUUCAUCCUGGACCAGCCUCUGAUUCAACACGACCAGCAAGGCAUGCUGGGAGUCAGCUGCAGCCGCCAGCUGGAGGCGGCCCUGAGGGAGCUCAGGUGUGUGAGCAGGGAGACAGACGUAGAGCUCCGCCCCCACGCCAGUCGCCUCUUCGCCUGCAGAGAUGACAUCACACGGAGCUACCUGAGCCUGAGUCACAUGGUGUCCUGCUACAACCAGGUGGUGAGUGGGGUCCUGCAGGUUGAGCUGCCUCUGAUCCAGGACCAGCUACAGGACCUGAACCGGACCAUGUCAGAGCUGCAGAGGAACACCUGGAGCUGUGCAGGUGUGCAGCAGCUGGUGGAGCAGCAGAAACAGGCAGUGUUGAUGCUCCACUCCACAGUGAGCGAGGCCAGAGCCAACAUGGAUGCCAUGACUCACAUCAUACAGGGCUGGGCGGAGCUUCACCUGCUGCGGCGCUCAGGUGACUCCCUGCUGGAGGGUGGAGCUACAGAGCAGAGCUACGGACCAAUCAGAGAGCAGGGACAGGAGCUGCUCAGGUUAACUCAGGUGAACAGGACUGUAUACGGCGUGGAGGACUCCUCUGAGUCCUGGAUCAGGUACCUGGACCACAUCGACGACAGAGUCCAGAACGGACUGUUUCAGCUGCUGCUCAGAACUCUGCACUUCCUGUCUGACAACAUGAACCCACAGAGCUGCAGUGGUGUGUUUCUGGGGAUCCGUCUGCAGCUGCAGGAAACAGGAAGUGAGUUUGAGCCGUCAGUGAGCGUCGGGCUCUCUGACCUGCUGAAGAACGUCAUCAGUGGCAUUUACGGCGCCGCCAGCCUGCUGCCCAGGAUCUCUGUGGUUCAUCACAGCAACUACCAGAUGCUCCUGCAUGACUGGGUCAAACUGAGCUAUCAACACAGACAAAACCAAGCUCAUGGUUUUCUCUCAUUCAAGGGUGGCACCACUGAACACUCCAAAUAUUGUUACAUCAAAAGGAAAACCUAUAGAACCCAUAAUUGAUUAUGGGCAAUGAAUAUUUUCAUUCAGCACUGAGAAUUGUAACUGGCUGCAGUCGUCUCUUGCCUUCUUUGAGUGCACGCAGAUACACACAUUGGCUGACUCUAAUUUAUAAGGCUCUCUUAGGCCUGAUUCCUCCCUAUUUGUGCUCUUUAUUGCAGAGAAAAAACAGUUGCUAUGCCUUACGUUCCUGCACUACUCUUUUAUCUGUUCCUCGUGUAAGGACUGAAUAUGGAAAAAGAGCUUUUAGCUUUGCUGCCCCCUUGACAUGGAAUACCUUACAGACUGAACUGAAACUGUCUGAAUUUCUCCCACUUGGAGCCUUCUGUUCUAUCCUCAGGAAGAGACAGCGUGAGACCAUUGGCCAGUGCUUGUGUUUUUAAAUUUUAAAUUGUUGUUUGUUAUAGUUCCCGCCCUUUUUAUUGUAAAACACUUUUGCACCUUGAAAACUGUAUGUUUUAAUGUCUACUGUCACCUUUACAUUACAUUACAUGUCAUUUAGCAGACGCUUUUGUCCAAAGCGACUUACAAUAAGUGCAUUCAACCUGAUGGUACUAGACAUAGACCAUAGGAAUCAAGUAAGUGCACCUCCCUGUAAUUGUUUUUAUGAUGUGUGAUGCUGACCUCUUGGCCAGGCCACUCUUGUGAAACAGAUCCUGAUCUCAAUGGGUUUUCAUCUGGUUAAAUAAAGGUUAUAAUAAUAAUCAAUUCCACUUGUCCCAGGAAGUUUCCAUUGCCAGCCUCAAACAACUGCUCUGCAAGAUGGCUCACAAUUACAAUUAAUCUUGUCAAGACCUCUCUCCAGCAGUUUACUUCACGAGUAAGUAGAUUUUGAUUCACCUGAUCUAUGGCUGUUUUUGUUUGUGGCUUCUGUGUUAGAUUGCGCCACUUUUCCAUGUUAGCAAUGUGUUCAGCAGACUUCUCGUGUUGUCUAAGGAUAACUGAACGGUUUUUCCGGUUACUAAACCCAUUCCCACUUAAAUGAGUGCUCUUGUCUUUGUUACCAAACAGAUGACAACAAAAGCAGAUAACACGGCCCUUAUUUUCACUAUACACCAGCCAGGACCUGCUUAUCUUUUCUCCAUCCCUCACGUGCAUAUAGUAGUAAUUGUUAGUAAAUCUGCGACCCUCUUGAUUUCUUGGAAAUAUUCUGUCCUUGAUCUGAACAGGACCUUUCUGCACUAUUGAGCAGCGCUCAUUGUCUGACAGCUGUUUUGGCAAGAGUGCAGGAUCAUCUUCAAGUGGGGAACAUUGAUCAAUGUGACUACUAUACUGCUGAGUGAGUGAUGGAGUCUGACUAUCCAACUUCUCAUCAUCCUCAGAGCUAAACUGGCUUUCCCCCUGGUAACAACAUUACUAAAUGCAUUUCUACAAGUGCUGUAUUUUAGUUACAUUUUGACAACAGGUGAGUAAAUAAUUUAGGCCACUUUGUCCUUUUGAAAUCUGUUACAAUUAUCAGCUUAAGUUACUAGUAGUUAGAUAACCGUUUUUAUAUGUCCCCCUGCCCAGUGAAUAAUAUUUAUCACCAAACAAAGAUUUUGAAUGAAUUAAUAAGUGUGAAUUUGAGAAGAUUCUCCUAUUUCCUGAGCUAGAUAAAGUCCUUAAAAUCUUUCUUGAGGAUUAUUAUCUAACAAGUGAAUCAUUUCAACGCUUUUACUGUAAUUGAUAAGGAAAUGAAUCAGCAUUUAAUGUAGUUUACCAUUUAGACCGCUUUAACCCUUCUGCUGUCCUAACUUUCUGUAUACAUCACCUGACAUAGGGUUAAAAAAUGACCCAGGUUCACUAAAACCCUAAACCCAAAUCUGUCUUGGAUGAAGAAACAACCUGUCAUUCAUCACAAACUUUGUGAAUAUCGAGGUUUUCGCUCUUUACAGUGCAGAAAAACUGUUUAAUCAGUGGAAUCCACUUGUUUUUAUUAAAAACACAACAUUAUUGGUUUACAUUUACAUUUACAUUUAGUCAUUUAGCAGACGCUUUUAUCCAAAGCGACUUACAGGAAGAGUAAAAGCAAACAAUCAAGGUAUAGUGCAAUAUGAGCUAUUAGUGCUAGUGACAAUCAAACUUUGAGGAGUAGACUUAUCAUGUGGUCUAGGAGAGAAGAUGCUCUCUGAAGAGCUGGGUCUUCAGGAGUUUUUUAAAGGUAGAGAGGGACGCCCCUGCUCUGGUAGGAACUGGUAGUGUGUUCCACCAGCGGGGAACAAGAAGUGCAAAGAGUCUGGAUUGCCUUGGACCAACGGGGGGCAGAGCCAGGCGCCGUUCAUUGGAAGAGCGCAACGGUCGUGAGGUAGCAUAUGUCUGAAUCAGGGCGUUCAGGUAGGUAGGAGCAGUACCGGAGACAACUUUGUAG